AGUGGAGAAUCCAUCACUCCAAUCUCCCCCUCUCACUUCAAUUUAUUUUCUCUAUUUUCCACAAUAUCUUAGUCCAAGUGUGUCAAGAAAAAGAUUAUUUUUUUUUAUCAAUUAUGGGAGAUUUGGCACAAAAAAAUGUUGUGGAGAGUGAAAAUAAUGGAAGCAAUAUUGGUGAAAUAAUGUUGAGGUUGUUUCCUAUGGCAUUAUGUGUAGUAGCACUUGUCAUCAUGCUUAAGGAUUCUCAAACCAAUGACUAUGGUUCACUUUCUUACUCUGACCUUGGAAUUUUUAGGUACUUGGUACAUGCAAAUGGAAUUUGUGCAGCUUAUUCCCUUUUAUCAGCUAUAGUUGCAGCUCUUCCUCGUCCUACAACAUUGCCUAGGGCUUGGACAAUCUUCCUCCUCGAUCAGAUAUUGACAUAUAUUAUAUUGGCUGCUGGAGCUGCAUCAACAGAAGUGAUAUAUUUGGCAUAUAAAGGGGAUACUGAUGUUACAUGGAGUGAAACUUGUGGUUCUUUUGGUGUUUUUUGCAAAAAGGCAACUGCAUCUGUCUCCAUUACAUUCAUUGUUAGUCUUUGUUAUGUUGGUAUUUCUUUGCUUUCAUCUUACAGACUUUUUAGCAAAUAUGAUGCACCAAUUGGACAAAACAACAACAAAGGAGGUAUAGAGAUAGCUAAUUAUUGAGAUCAAAUGGUAUGUAGUCACAUGUUUUCAAGAUUUGAUGUUGUGUAAUAAAUAUUACUUCCUCCGUUUCAUUUUAUAUGAUGUUGUUUGAUUAAUAGCUCAAAGUUCAAGAAAGAAAGGAAAAAACAUAGUAUCUCAAGACUCGAACUUGAAAUAGAUUUUCCACAGUAAUAGAUCACAAGACAUAGUUUUUAAGGAAUUUCUACACUAUUCAACCACGCUGAGUUCAAGUCGAAGUUGCCAUAUAGACUUAACAACAUGAAGCCAUGAAGACAUCACACGCAUAAAGGUAAAAACACACAAUGGCCACGCUGAAACGCAUGAUUUUUAACAGUAGCUAUUACGUUUUUAAUAUCUACUUCCAU